GCGCAGUAGCAAAAUGGAACAUGAUAGUAACUAACGUCCGAUCAGAUCUCGGAAAAAUAAAAAUGUACCGGAAAGCCGCAAUUGGCUUAACCUUCGCUCUGCUCCUCCUCAUCUCCUACUCCAUCUUCAUCGGCACAGUCGAUUUGCGAUCCUACUUCAUCCCUCUCCUUAAAUCCUCACCGUUGGCUCCUCAGUCGCUAUGCGCCACCGGCCCGCCGCUCAAGGUGUUCAUGUACGAUCUGCCGCGGCGGUUCAACGUCGGGAUGCUGAACCGGAAGAGCGCGGAGGAGGCGCCGGUGACGGCGAGGGAGUGGCCGCCGUGGCCGAGGAACUCCGGGCUGAAGAAGCAGCACAGUGUGGAGUACUGGAUGAUGGGGUCGGUUCUGUGGGAAGGGAACGGCGGCGAGGGGAGUGAGGUUGUUAGGGUUUCUGAUCCGGAGGUGGCUGAUGCGUUCUUCGUGCCGUUUUUCUCUUCGUUGAGUUUUAAUACUCACGGUCAUAAUAUGAAUGAUCCCGAGACUGAGGUUGAUCACCAGUUGCAGAUAGAUUUAGUGAAACUUUUGCAUGAAUCCAAGUACUGGAAUAGAUCUGGGGGCAGAGACCAUGUAAUCCCUAUGACGCAUCCCAAUGCUUUCAGAUUUCUUCGACCACAGAUCAAUGCAUCUAUUCAAAUUGUUGUGGAUUUUGGGCGUUACCCUCAUGUAAUGUCAAAUCUGAGCAAAGAUGUGGUCACCCCAUAUGUACAUGUUGUGGAGUCCUUCACAGAUGAUAACAGUUCAGAUCCAUAUGAGUCCCGCACUACGCUUCUUUUCUUCCAAGGAAGGACACACAGGAAAGAUGAAGGCAUUGUUCGUGCUAAACUAGCAAAAGUUUUAGCUGGUUAUGAUGAUGUUCACUAUGAGCGGAGUGUUGCGACUGGGGAAAACAUAAAACUGUCUACACAACGGAUGCGUGCAUCAAAAUUUUGUCUGCACCCUGCUGGAGACACUCCUUCAUCUUGUCGUCUUUUUGAUGCCAUUGUGAGCCACUGCAUUCCUGUCAUUGUGAGUGAUGAAAUUGAGCUUCCAUUUGAAGAUGAACUUGACUACAACCAGUUCUCAGUAUUCUUCUCGUUCAAAGAGGCUCUACAACCUGGUUACAUGGUUAAUGAGCUCCGGAAAUUGUCAAAGGAGAAAUGGAUGGAAAUGUAUAGGCAUCUUAAGAGCAUCUCCCAUCAUUUUGAGUUCCAUUACCCCCCAGAGAAAGAAGAUGCAGUCAAUAUGCUCUGGAGACAGGUAAAGCGCAAGGUUCCUGCAGUUAAACUAGCUGUACAUAGAAGCCAGAGGUUGAAAAUCCCAGACUGGUGGCGAAGGAAAAAGUGAUUUCUGGCUUUUGUUGUACAUUCUGAUCUUUUUGCUCAUCAUAGUGACAACCCUUUAAAGGGUAAAGCAUACAACAGGAAUCACAAUAUCCGUAUUGAUUCUGCGGGUAAUGUUUACUAAUUCAAUAGUGUUUUGCAGCUUAUCUAUUCUUUAACCCUACCAUUUCUAGGUGUCAAUUGACUAAAAGUUUUCCCCACUUUUCAGUGCCGCUUGUAUUACAUGCUGAUUGGUUAGAUUGUUCACUAAUUGUCUGACAAUUGCU